AUGAGUGAAUCUCUUACAGAUAACUAUUCCACUAAUGAAUCAGAUAAUGUAAAUGGUACAAUUGUCGGAGAUGCAUUCUUUAAAGGAAAUAUUACUACGGAUAUAGUGAAGUUAGAUAAACACUUUCGUAGAAUUUGGAGAUCAAAACUAAGUUUAGAUUCUUAUCCAUUAGUUCUUAUACAACAUUGUGACGUGCUUCGUAAAGUGUUUCGUGAUGACAAUUCUCUUAAAGAUUAUGAAAAGGAGUAUCUAGAAAGUAAGCUUCUAGAAUAUGAAGAUAAAUUUAAUAUGAAAAAUAAAACCGGUGCAAAAAGAUUAUGCGAAGAUUGUGGAAAUUCAACAUACGCUACUCAGUUUUGUGAAUUUUGCAUUCAAAAAUAUUUAGAGCAAAAUUUCCACAAAUGGGAUUCCGGGGAUAAUAAAAUUAAUAAAAUAAUUCAAGAGUCAUUAGAAAGACGUGGUGAACCACAACAAAUAGUUUUAAAACAAUUAAAUUCUAGUAUGGAUGACAGCUGGCUUAAUGAGGUAACUUCUCAUUUCUCAAUCGACAAAAUUGCCCAAUAUAUUCUUCCUUGCUACGGGAUAACAAGGAAUCCACAAACAGAUGAAUAUAUGUUGGUUCUAAAUAUAAUGGAACAGAAUUUGCAGGAAUAUUUGAUUAACAAUAAAAAUAUUGAAUGGGAGCAAAAAUUCGAUAUUAUUUAUGAAGUAACGGCUACUGAAGUACCACCAUAUUAUGAUAUUGAUUUAAAAAAUAAGAAAACGUUAAAUGUUUUUACAAAAGCAGUUAUAGGUGGAAUGCGUCCAGAUACCAACAUAGGAAUAUCAGAAAAAUAUAAAACUUUAAUGCAACAAUGUUGGGAUGCGGAUCCAGCAAACAGACCAGAUACUUUAAUAAUUUGGCAGAAAAUUCGUGAAUUACGAGUAGAAUUUCUCGAUGCUCUUGAUAAAGCUAUGAAUAAUGGCAAUAAUUUUAUUGAAGAGGAAAUCUUAAACAUCUCUAAGGAACCUAUUGUUUUAUCCGACGAUCAAUUUUUACAAUCAAGAAGGUCUACGUCUUGUAUUCUAGCGCCUUUUAAAAAUACUUCAAAACCUAUUAAUGUUUCAUCAGAAAUUAGUAAUAAAUUUUAUAUGAACCUUAGGAAGAGACAAAUAGAAAACUCCGAUGAUCUAUAUUAG